ACGAUACGCGCUGUGCCCUGCACCUCCCCAGAUCUUUGAUUUUGUGCACGGUUAUGGCUGCCACUUCUUCCAUCACAACAUUCCUAUCCUCCACUGGACAACCGUCCGAUCCCCAUGGAAAAAGUCGUCCUGGCCAGCAGCCCCAACGAGUCCUCCACGAACGGUCUCAAAAUGCGUCUUUCCCACCCCUCACCCUCAUCGCUCCCAGCUAACCCGCAAAUUGUAAAAGAAGGAUACAAACCACCACAACCUCCCACAUCGUCCCCAGUCAGCUCCAAGACCAGUGAAGAGCCACUGGAUGUCUCGAUCGAGUGCUUGUACGCCGAGGUGCGGCUGGCAGUGUCGCCAUUCGCCAGCGAGCAGCCUUCGGAGCCGAACCAACUGGGAAGAGCAGGCAAGUACUUCAUAUGGGUGAGCGUGUUUUUUCCAGCCAUGGUGGCAGUGAUGGUUCCCGAGGCGGCAUGGAACAGCUUGGGCGGCAUGGAUCUUGCCGACUUGUUUUCCAACCUCCUCCUCAUCCUCCUAAUUGGCUGGUCCAUUAAGUUUUCGGUAGAGUGGCCCUGGAAAUGGCUUCGGCACAUUCGGCUGGUGAAGCAAAAACUCACCCUGGUGAUAAACUCGCCCAGUGGCUCGGAAAUCGCCUCCAAAGUGGUCCUCCUACGCAAGGUCGUCUACUACGAGUGCUUAGCUCUUGUGGCAUGCUUGUUGGUGCCGCUCUCAACCUCAAUCCUCAUGGGCUGGUCCAGAAAACAUAUCACUGUGGAUGACAAGCGCAAGAAAUUGGUGUUUAACAAUAUCAACAUCAUCCUCUUUCAAAUCUGGCUGGUAUUCAGAUGGCUUGUCACCUUGGCCGAUUGGCAGAAUACUGCCAGCUACUCCAAGCACGCUGCAGAAUUCCCGGAAAAUAGCUCUUCAUCCGAUAAUAGCUCUACGGUUAAAUAUUUGGUGAACAAGUUUUAUACGGCGUUGCUUCCCAUCGACUUGCUGACUCUCCAGCAACAGCAACGCUUAGCAGAGAAACUUGCCUCGCUUGAGCUGAAAUCCGAGGAACAGAGGCAAGCCAUGGAUACGAUAUUGGGCUCUCAAGAAGAAGAAUACUCCACUAUCGUGAAUUAUCUUUCCAAGCUUGAAAAAACUAUUCUCAGUUUAGUCCAAAACACAAAGAAUAGCCCUAAAGUAGACUCGGGAGUUUUUGUGAAGCCUUUUCCUUUGAAUUUAAAGUCAGAGGCUAAUAACGGAAAACACUCAAUGGACCAGAAGAUACAGGCAUUGGGCAUAAUUACAGAAGUGGAUUAUUCGUCCACACCCAGCCCCAGAAGUAGUGCUAUAGCUAGUCCUACAUUCAGUGCUUUCCAGCCAUCAAGUCUACAAUCCCCUUUUCCCGAAAGUGGAAAGCGUUAUUCCAGUUUUGAGCAUAGGAAUGUUGCUCCCCAAAACUCACCCGCUUCGAAGUAUUCCCUUCAUGGGGUAUCUAGCACUUUAUCGAUGCUGAAUCUUUUAGCAAGGGAACUGGACUAUAGCGAUUCCCACGAUGAGGAAAUCGAUUUAUCUCAAUUGCCGUCAGCAAUUGAUUCGCAGGUCAAUUCAGGUGUUUUGAUUGUGAAGGAGCUUCGUGACUUUGCCGCCACUUUGAGAGAAAGGAUAACAUUUAUCCAAAUAGUUCGUCAUCCAUGGAUGGUAGCUAAGCUAGUUCUCGACGAGUUACAAUACCAGCUACUCAGAUCGCAGCAGCACAAUGUGGCUGCACUCCAACAACUGGCAAAUCUCUAUAAGUUGGUGGUAUGGAAUCUUAUCAACCACUACCUUUUCCGCAAUAUCCACUCCAUAAGUCUUUUUGUCAUACAUGCCCACACUGCGGUCGUGACUGGUGUAUUAAGGAUAAUGGGGUUCAUGAUAUUAAUGAGUGUCCAGGUUCCAAUCAAUGCCACUAGGCUCUGGAUAAAUAUCCACCUAUUUAUCCCCAGAAUUCUCUUCAGAUUCUGCGUGGUCUACCCAGCCCAAGUGGUUAAGUCCAAGCUUAGCCCCGCCGAAGUGGUGCCUGUCCGCAUCAAAGCAACUCCUGUGCACUCAAGGAGCAGCAGUGUGGUGAAGACCCCCCAUCUCCUAUCCCAGGGGCAGCAUAAGGGUAUGAAAAAGUUCCGGCUUUCACCAUCUUCAGAAUACCCAGCAGUGGGCAACGACUAUUUCGAUACCAGCACCAGUCUCAAGUCCCAGGGCAAACUUCUACACAAGUGGACACACCACCUCGACAUGGACCCCGAGGCACACCGUCCCUCGAGGCCCAUACGGCACCGUAUCGUGGCACCAGCCGAUCGCCACCAACCAUCGGGAUUUUCUGGUUAUUCCAAAUGCGUAUCUUAAUAUACUGCAGCUUUUUUUUCGUGUAUACUCACUCCGGGGAUGUUCGCAUGAUAGCACCAUCUCGAUCGAUAACUAACCCAUAUGUAUCCCCACUAAUCUAAUCUGUUCUUUCUUUAAGCAUACAGGCCAUCCCAGGGCAGACUCUCAGCGAUUCCACCACCCAGACUCGGCCACUAUUUGUUACCUCAUCUCAUCGCUCGCAUCAUUACUAAGCCAAAAUAGCGAACAAGAGAAGAGCCAAGAAGGUCCGUGCUCCG